AUGGCCACUGCUGCUACAGCGCUAUGCUUGGAUGGAGCCCUGUCUACGCCGCAGCAGAAACAGAUUCCCGACGCAUCGCCCGCGCCUGCCAAAUUCUUUUGCCUAAGUGCAGAUUUGCAUUCAAACCCCCCUCGGCACGGAGGGCGAAGGAGCUGUUUGCCGGUAGCAGCGAUGACUUCGUCGAGCGCAGGCCAUCAGGGCCUCCCCGACGCCGCUGCCACUGCCACCGCUCCUUCCCAUCAGUCGCACUACUCUGCGACACCGCCUAUGACGACCAACUCGACACUACCCAUGGCCUCCGACGCCGUCGAGGCGGCCGAAACUUCGAACGCGCCGACCGCCACUGACCACGACGCUACCAAUGGGUCCCCGACCACAACAAAGCGACCAACUACCCCAACCACGAAUGCUGCUGGCGCAAACAAUACACAGCACACUGCGCAUGAUGCAGUAACAGCCGCGCAGACACCCGUAAACGCCCAACCCAGCGUAAACCGAACCGCGACCCGGACGGUUAAUGGUAUUCAACAAGUCGACACAUCUCUGCAGAUGCAAGACGCCACCAUGGCCAACACGGAGCUGUAUGCCCCUUCGACACCCUUCACGCCCGCCGCUACCUCCAGCAUCGAUCACCAUGCAUACAUGAUGAUGGCCCUCGCUUCCAUGUCCAAUGCGCCCUCGGCAAUGUCACCCCCGCCCACCGUCACCCCAUCCCAGGUGACUCUGCCCAACCUCAUGGAUGCCAGCGUCCACGGCCUGGCUCACGGUAACACCGCCUUCCAAGCUGCUGCCGAGAAGGGCCUGGAAUCAUUUGCGCGAAUAGAGUUUGCCGAUUCCGUCUUUCAGAUGACAACAUAUGCUGUCAUUAUUGGCCGUGACCAGCGUGCUAUGCAGCAGGCCCGCCACGAUGAAAAACGCGCAGACUUUCAUAAACGCCGCACCCAGGAAAACGCGAACAUGGGCCUACCCCCGCCAUUGCCCAUGAUGCAGGAUCGCAACAAGUUUAGCAAGUCUUAUGUCUCUGAAGAAGGUGGCAUGCUUGGUCCCGAAUCCGAUAGCGAAGAGAGCGGCCGACCAGCGAAGCGCCGUAAAACGAGCACCGCCGGAUCCUCUCAGCCGGAGAACGAAGAGAACAGCGACAACAUAAUAUCCAACCGCCAAUACGUUUCACAUACACCCGGCGCAGCCGCUGUCGACCUCACAUCAUUACGGCCUUCACCUUGGCACAUUCCUUUUAUCGGCAUUCAUUCUCCAGGUCCCAACAUUGCAAAUAAGACCAAGGCCAUUUCCCGCGAACAUCUCAAGAUUGCAUACAAUCAACAAGAAGGCGUUUUUGAGGCUAUCCCGCUGCACAAAAACGGCUUCUUUUGUGAGGAUGUUCACUACAAGAGCGACAAAGUGGUCCUCAGAUGUGGUGACCGUCUACAGAUCAAGGACAUUGAUUUUCGUUUCAUCAUCAAUGGCGUCGAAAGGGGUAGAACAGGAGCCGAAGAGUACCUCGAGGAGGAAAAGAAGCCCGCCAAGAAGCGCCAGACGCAUGGUGGCAAGGAGAUGAGCUUCGAGUUUGAACAGACUCAUGGGAAUGGUCAAAUUCAAGAAACUAGCGAUGAGCUGUCAGACGUUGAGGGCUCACUACCCGAGUUGUCAGACCUUGGCGAAGAUGCUGACGGUGACGAAGACAUGGGCGAAGAAGAUAUAAUGGAAGGCGAAGAGGCCAUCAACAGCGAAGCCUUUGCAGACCAGUCAAAUCUCCUUAUGCCAGAAGUACCUAGGAAGAGAGGGCCUGGGAGACCACCAAAGAACGGUAUCAUGUCGAAGCGGGAGCAGCGCCUACUCAAAAAGCAGCAGCAAGAGAUGGCGAAGAAAACCCUUCCGCAGCCACCCCCCAUUGAGCCCCCUAUGAAGCGCAAGGUGGGCCGACCGCGCAAGCAUCCCCUUCCAGAGGAUGCCGGAGACCAGCCGGAGAAGCGCAAAUACAAGCCUCGCAAACCGCGCGAGGAUGGUGCCGAGGGCUCCGAUGCUGAAAGAAGAGCUCGGGAGAAGAAGGAGAAGAAAUCUCGCCCCAAAUCACCACCAUUGGAGCUCAAGAUUGAUGAAUACACUGAGGAGCAACUUCAAAAGCCCAACAAGAAUUACGGCGUAUUAAUCGACGAGACGCUGACCGCUGCUGGUCCCGACGGCCUUACGUUGAAGCAGAUCUAUAAGAGAAUAUGCUUAAGAUACCCAUGGUUUUAUUUCCAUACCGAAACGAAAGGAUGGGAGAGCAGUGUCCGUCAUAAUCUUAUUGGAAACGAGGCAUUCAAAAAGGACGAGACGACCAACUUGUGGUCGCGCGUUCCUGGAGUGGAACUAGACGCCGGAAAGAAACGCAAAGCGUCGUCACCGGAUCGAGCCAUGGCUGCACAAGGAUAUGGCCCAUAUGCGUACCCCUAUAAUGCACAUCAGCAGCACAUGGCUCCUGGCUAUGGGCAAGCCCCAGUCACAGGCUACCUAGUCCAGCCCUACGCCGGUCAACCAGCCCAACAGCGGCCUCUACAAUACGCACCCCCUGUACCGCAACAGCCGCAACCUCAACCUCAGCAGCAACAGCAGCAGCAACAGCAACAAGUACCGCAGCAGCAACAGAUACAGCAGCAGCUCGUACCUCAGCAAGUACCGCAACAAGUACCACAGCAGCAGCAUCAUCAGCCUCAUCCUCAUCCUCAGCCUCAGCCUCAGCCCCAACCCCAGCCUCAGCAACAAGUACAGCAACCCCCUGCCCCAAUUGCGGCUCAACCACCAGCGCCCACGCAGAUUGGUGUUUAUGGUCCUCCUCCUGCGCCAGCAAGACCGCCAACGGGAGUUCCACAGGCUAGCUCUUACAGCUCGCCGUACGCUGCGCGGCCUGUCCCUUCGGUCAGCCCUAUCAAGAUUGAAACGCCAGCACAACCCAGCGCUCUUGUCCCUCCAGCUGCCGCCAGGCCCUCCCCUGGUCCAGCUGGCACAUCUCAGUCACAGACCGCUGCUGCAGGCAAAGCGACAGCUUCAUCGUCGAGUUCUACUGCCCCCCGGCCUGUCAUCGAGCCGCGCCUACUGCAAGCGGUUGUCGGUCUCAAAAAUGGUCUGGUUGACAACCUCAAAAAGGCUCGCAACCCCAAAGCCGAGGCUAUUGUCAUGUCAGCACUGAAUCGCUGUAUUGGUCUGAAGAAGGACGCUACGGAAAAUGACAAGAUGGAGGCCAUUUGUAUCAAGGGUAUCCGUCAGGUCAUUGACGGCUUCACGAAGAACAAGAGUCCCACGCCAGGUGGCACGACAGCAAGUGACCCCCCUCCAAUCCUUGAGGCCAAGGUUGUCGCUUCAUUGAACGGCUUCAAAGAUGUCUCUAUCCAGGCGCUUAAAGGUCGACUCGGCGAAGCAAAGGCUGAGGCUGUGACGCUCUCCGCGAUUGAUCGGGUGCUUCGAUUCGUUGACGCUAGCAUUAUUCCCCCGAGCGGCGAGGGCCAGACGAGCGGUAACUUUGAGGGAGUCGAGCAGCAUCUGAUGAAGUCCAUCAGACAGCUCCUUGCAGGAAUGAAUCUGCAGCUGGGCUAG